AGCAUUUGUAUCGGAAUAACUAUAAUAUAAUAAAGUUGGAUCUGUUCGACGGGAUAAAUCUCCGGCGAACCUCAGUUCAACUAAGUCCAUAAUCCGUUGAUUUCUUCCCUUUUUCGGUGAAUUCGUGAAUGGAAACGAUCAGAAAACAGGCGACGAAGCUCCGGGAGCAGGUUGCCAGACAACAACAGGCGGUUUUCAAGCAGUUUGGUGGUGGUGGUUAUGGAGGCUCUGAUAAUGUUGUUACAGAUGAGGCAGAACUGAGGCUUCAUCAGAAACUUGAGAAGCUAUACAUAUCUACACGUGCUGCUAAGCAUUUCCAAAGGGACAUUGUUCGUGGUGUUGAAGGAUAUAUAGUUACAGGUUCCAAACAACUUGAAAUUGGGACAAAAUUGUCCGAAGAUAGCAAGAAAUAUGGUGUUGAGAAUACAUGCACUAGUGGUAGCACACUAUCUAGAGCUGCAAAAAACUUUUCAAGAGCUCGUGCUUUAAUGGAGAAAGAAAGAGGAAACCUACUCAAAUCAUUUGGGACUCAGGUGGCAGAGCCAUUAAGAGCAAUGGUAAUGGGAGCUCCACUAGAAGAUGCUCGUCAUCUUGCUCAAAGAUAUGAUAGAAUGAGGCAAGAGGCUGAAGCUCAGGCUGUAGAAGUUUCUAAAAGACAAGCAAGAGUUAGAGAAGGAACAGGGAAUCCAGACAUCCUUAUGAAACUUGAAGCAGCAGAAUCAAAAUUACAAGAUCUGAAAUCCAACAUGACAAUUUUGGGAAGAGAAGCUGCAUCAGCAAUGGCUGCUGUUGAAGGUCAACAACAAAAAAUGACACUUCAGAGAUUAAUUUCCAUGAUUGAAUCAGAACGUGCCUACCACCAAAAGGUUGUUCAAAUUCUGGAUCAGCUUGAAGGCGAGAUGGUAUCAGAACGACAAAGAAUUGAAGCGGCUCCUACACCAAUAGAAACAGCACCUCCACCUCCAUCAUAUGAAGAAGUAAAUAAUGCGUUUACUUCUCCAACUCAAAAUGGGUCAAAUGAUGAAGUGGAUUACUUUUUAGGAGAGGUAAUGUACUCAUUUCACGCAGAGUCUGAUGUGGAGUUGAAUUUAUCACUUGGUGAUUAUGUUGUUAUUAGAAAGGUGUCUAAUAAUGGUUGGGCAGAAGGUGAAUGCAAAGGGAAAGCAGGCUGGUUUCCGGUGGGAUACAUUGAAAGACGAGAACGUGUUCUUGCAAGUAAGGUCACAGAUAUUUUUUAGCUCUCAUUUAAAUCUAAAAUUCAUAAUCUUUUGUAAAUUCUCUUUUGGAAUUUUGUUGUCAGUUUUUUUUUUGUGAGAAGAUUUAUGUAAUUGCUUUUGUGAUUUAGUCAUAUUUUUGUGUUGAGUCGAGAAAGUUAAUGUGUUUUUUCUGGGAAACUUUUCUUUGUCAUGAAAUUCAAGGAACAAUUAUGAGAAAUACAAAACAUUAUAGCAAUGUACUUUUUUUAA